CACAGGGGGCUACAGGAGGGGCAGAGGGAGGCCGCUGCCGGGCAGGGCGGGGUUUCUCUCCAGGGCUGGCCGCCGGCUCUCGCUCGUUCUCCGGCCAGUGUCAGGCGUUGGGUCCCGUCCGAGCCCGGGCCGGGCCAGGAGCCGCCAUGACGGUAAUAUGUCUGAUGCCCUCGCAAAUGCAGUCUGUGAGCGCUGCCAGGCUCGCUUUGAUCCCUCGGAGAGGAUCGUGAACAGCAAUGGGGAGCUCUAUCAUGAGAACUGCUUUGUCUGUGCUCAGUGUUUCCGACAGUUCCCAGAUGGACUCUUCUAUGAGUUUGAGGGUCGAAAGUAUUGUGAGCAUGAUUUCCAGAUGCUGUUUGCACCCUGUUGUGGGCAAUGUGGUGAGUUCAUUAUUGGACGUGUGAUCAAGGCAAUGAAUAAUAAUUGGCACCCAGAAUGCUUCCGUUGUGAGCUCUGUGAUGUGGCACUUGCUGACCUAGGCUUCGUAAAAAAUGCUGGCAGGCACCUGUGCAGGCCUUGCCAUAAUCGGGAGAAAGCCAAGGGGCUAGGCAAGUAUAUCUGUCAGAAGUGCCACCUGAUAAUUGAUGAGCAGCCUCUGAUGUUCAGGAAUGACUCCUAUCAUCCAGAUCACUUCAACUGCACCCACUGCGGGAAGGAGCUGACUGCUGAGGCCAGGGAGCUGAAAGGGGAACUCUAUUGCCUGCCCUGCCAUGACAAGAUGGGUAUCCCAAUCUGUGGAGCCUGUCGCAGGCCUAUCGAAGGACGAGUGGUCAAUGCUCUGGGGAAGCAAUGGCAUGUUGAGCAUUUUGUUUGUGCCAAAUGUGAAAAGCCAUUUCUGGGGCACCGCCACUACGAGAAAAAAGGACUGGCUUACUGCGAGACUCACUACAACCAGCUCUUCGGAGAUGUCUGCUACAACUGCAGCCACGUGAUCGAGGGGGAUGUGGUAUCAGCUCUCAACAAGGCUUGGUGUGUGAACUGCUUCUCCUGCUCCACCUGCAACAUCAAGCUCACACUGAAGAACAAGUUUGUGGAGUUUGACAUGAAGCCAGUGUGCAAGAAAUGCUAUGAAAAAUUCCCUCUGGAGCUGAAGAAACGUCUGAAAAAGCUGUCUGAGCUGGCCUCCAAGAAAUCGCAUCCCAAAGCUGUGGAUUUAAACUCUGCUUAAACAGGUCUGUCAUUCUGCUCGCUGCACUCUUAUCCUCACAGACUGCAGCUUGCAGCAGCUACUGAUCACAAAGGGAGCUGAUAAGAAUGUCUGUCUGAAACAAACCACAGACAGAUAGUACCUCCUCCAGCUUUUGUUACUGCAGCUUUCACCCUGAAUGCUCCUUUACUCUGGCAGUUGCAAAUUAACACUGACAGCAUGGGGAGUUUGGCCUCUGCUGAGGGGGUAGGGCAGAGCAAUGGGUAUGGUAAUUAACUGGCAUUAUUCUGCCAUUGAUCAGAUGUACACCAUUGUUUUUCUGUCCUUCAUCGUUUCUACAUUGAGCUGAAGAUCUCUCUCCUGUCGCCUGAGGAAUUUGGAAAGAACAGUGGUUUAAAUAUCAGAUGGUGAAACGUGCAGAUUGUUCAACACCAGUUAUAAGUAUCAAGGAUUCCUUAAAUGACUUGUAUGCAGAACUUUUCACCUAUAGGACAAUGUUCUGAAUGUGGCCCAAAAUUACCACCAUCUGAUAACUGUUUGGUAUGUCCAAAAUGAGCUGGUCUUUGUCUAAUUCCCAGUGAACAAAUAUCCAUAUCACAAAAACUGCCGCAGCAAUCGCCCUUCUUGACACCCUGGUUGACAUUUUCUCUAGGCUAGGCAAGGCAAGGAGUGAAUGGGCACAGAGUCUAUGCUGCCUACUCACCUCAGUCCAGGCCAGAGUGGAUGUAUAAUGUCUGGGCAGUGCACAGAAGUUGCACUACUGUUUUCCUGGUUGAUGUAUAGAGGAUUUCAAUCUCUUAGGCUCUCAGUUUGAUACUUUUCAAAAGUACUCAAUUCCCUUACAAUUGAAGGGGGAUAUGUAGUGCGAGGGUGAAGGCAGGGCAUGCCAGGAACUAAUAUUCAAUGUUUACUUGCCAGUUCUCCAUUAGAUCAUUGAUACCCAGGGCUUGGAAUUGCCCAAUGUGAUAUAAUACCCUACCCACUGACACACCUGCCAUUACCCUCUACAGUACCUGCAAUAUGACUGGAGGUGUGGUUACUCUUUUGCAUAACAAAACCCAGUUGGCGGAUCUGGUAACUGUUAAACACUUCAGUCUGAGCCAAGCCUUUUCCCUUUGUUUGAAUGGAAAGACAACCUUCUCAGCUCAGUUUCCAUGACACUCAGUGUAUGUCUACACUUCAAUUAAAAACCCAUGGCAGAUUGUACCAGCUGACUUGGGUUAAUGGGGCCUGGGCUGUGGGGCUGUUUAAUUGCAGUGUAGACUUCUGGGCUUGGGUUGGAGCCUGGGCUCUAGGACCCUUAGAGUGAACCAAAAGAGCCUUCAGACUCAUACCUAUAAAUCUUGUAGGAAGACACUAGCUGUGUCCACGCUACAAUUUUGCACCUUUGCUAUUACUGAUGGAACCUCGUUGGUGGUAGCACCAGUGGAUGUUGUUGUGUAGACGGGGCACUAAACAGCUUCUAGUGUUUUAACCACCUUGGGCAUGUCUUCAUUGCAGAAUUAACUUGGGUGAUUGGUGCCUGGCUUAGCCUAGCUCAGGUGUAACAGGCCACACUGCAGAGCAUUACCCAAGUUACUAUGUACUUAGUGGUGCUGCAGUCACCUGUCUGAGAUGUUAGGACUUCCGGAGGCACAUGAUACCCCAUGGUUCUUAGCACUGCAGUAAGCUGAACCACACUGUGAUUCUUUCCCAUUGAAUAAAGGGAGAACUUGUCUGUCCUGGGUGCAGGAGGGGAAUUGUGGGAAGGCAUUGGAGGAGUAUCAACACUUAAGUGAUUUAGCCUGUGUCCUUCCUGCAGAGUGGGUAGGUUACCAGCUCAAUAAGCUUUAGCCUAUACCCACAGCUGGGCCAAUGAGCCCAGGUGUAAAGCAACACCACACUUGGGUGAGAGGUUUUUGUGUGUGGAUGGGAGCUGGGUUAAUGCUGCAGGGAAGACCUAUCCCCUGUUGUCUAGUCCUGCUUAGAGCAAACUCACACAACCUAGUGGCUAAAAUGCUGUUGGCUGCUCUACACGAGAGCACUUGCUGUUGCUACCACCAGUGAAGCUGCACCAGAGAUAGUAAUGGUGAAAAAUGUUAGGGGAAAAGGUUAGUGCAGACAAGCACUCCUUGUGCAAGGCUCCUGGUUAGUUAGCUGCUUUCCUAAUACUAACUGCCUUUGGCUGCUUUGCUUUCUGCUGUAGUAAGCUACCAUAACAGUUUUAACGCCUUCUGUGCACUACCUCCGGUAUGGCACUUGCGAAGGGAUGGACUCUCUGAUCUAAUUAGAGAGCUUGUCUGUCUUCCACCGUGACUAUCAAUCUGCACAAUAACCUAGACAGUAUUACUUUUGUCACCGUUUAAUAGCACUUGAGGACAGCUCUUGUUCUUCUCUAUCCCUUGGCCCAUCCUUCAGGUAUGGGCACAAGGAACUGCACAAUUGAAGGCAAUCUUAAGUGGCCACUGCUGGGACCAGUCCACUAUGCUUAUUCUCUCUAGAGUUUGGUUGAAGGACUAAAGCACAGGCACUUCAGGCCCACGAGCAUUCACAAUUCAUUAUGCUGAUACUUCCUAGUCUGAAGCAUGCAGCCCCUCUCCCCAUGCCCUUGGUCACAGGAAGGAGCCCAACGCUGAAUCUGAGCAGCGGGGUAUUUUCAGCUGAUUCACCAGUCCCAGUUCAAGAGACUUUCCUGGGAAGAUGGCAAUAGGACACUUGGCAUCAUAUCUGCUUGUGAAUAUGCAAAAAUUGAGUACUUCAUGGACAGUAGUUGUCUUCCAGACCAACUCAAAUCUUGUCAGCUGUUUCCUGCAGAGGCCACUCUUGAGUUUAGCAAUGGAAAAUGCAAAUACGUGGUUAAACAUGUGCAUGUAGAGAUGAAUGUGAAUAUCUUUGUACUAUGAGAAGAGAUGCAGUGAAGACUCUUAUUUCCUCUCUAAUAUUUGAAAUUCAGUAGAUUAGGCCAGGGCUUGCUAGUAUUUUACUUAAGGGAAGAGACACCCAUAGACUCUAAACUUUAUACUAUAUGGAUAAUCAAAUGUCUUAAAGUGUCUCUUUUUAACUGUUAAUCUGACAAAUAUUUCACUAGAGUCCUGCUUUGUAGAGCACAUGGUUGUCUACAGAGUUACAAUAUCAGAUUUGAGAGACUGAGCAAUCAAGAGAGUUAUGGGAAAUAACUACAGAACAGCUUGGAAACAUCCAUCUUUCCCCAGAUUCCACCUUUGGAAAAGUAAAUGGCAUAGGAUGUAAAGUAGAUGUAGAUGUGAUAGGAUCUGUGGACUUCUUUAGGGCAGAGUCUUUUGGUGUGAUGAAUUUGCCAAUACCUAUGUGUUCUUCAUAGUGUUGGAGUCAGGGGAGACUCUCUCUUUCAUAGAAAGAAAUUUACGACUAAGAUGUGUGCAUUUUCCUUUGCUCUAAAUUCAGAAAGUCAAAUUCUUUCUUGCUGUCACUUGAUUAUCCUCUGUGGUGUUAGAUGAAUUUGGUUCAAAAGGCUAAGCUUGUAUUACUUACCAAAAGCUGCUGUCCAUUGUAUACUUUCACAGUUUUAAAUCUAUAUUUAAAAUAAAUCACUAAUGCUCACUGACUACACUUGAAGAUGGCAAUGCUUUUAGCAACUGCGAUAUGUGCAGUUUACUCAUAUUCAAGGGGAAUAUUAAUCACUUCCUUAAUAUCCUUCCUUAUUACAAAACAAACUGCUAUAUGUUUUCUCUAGGGUUUGGGUCCUGGUCCUUACCCUCACAAUUAUCCACACAACAUUAGCAAACAUUGUUUAACCUUCCAUGUUCAGAGUUCCCAAAGCCAAACGUUUUGUAUUGGGUGAUGCAGACUUCUGGGACUGAACAGGUUAAGUGUUAAUUUGAAACAUAUAGCAGGGGAGGCAUUGGUUCGCAGAUAAACCUGUGACUAAAGCAGUUGUUCUAAGAGGUGUUUAGUUCUUAGUUUGUAAAGCACUCUUAGUGCUAAGGAUUAUAUAGAAUGAAUGAAGAAAUGUAUUAAUACUAAAGGGACAAGCCCACUCCCUAUUACACGGCAUGUAUUCUGCAGACUGCGGAUUUCUUGUUUUAUAGUACUUCUGAGUUUGUGAUGUCUAACCAAAAUCUGUGACUGCUGGACUAAAAUAUUAUAAUCUGCACCUGUUAUGUAUGUUCUUGUAAUAAAGUUAACUGCAAUACAUUUUAAAUCUUCACACUAAAGAUUAAAAUAUAAAAACUAUUGUAUGUGUACUGUACAAUAAAACCGGAAUCUUUUGGAUCUA